UCCCGAGGUCUGUGUUGACGCUGCAAGGUGGUUCGGGGAGGACACUGAAUGUUUUCUUCGACCUUCAGACGCGCCUGCAUCAUGAGUAUAGCUACCGGCUUUGCACCGUUUUCGAAAGCGGUCGUGAGAGCUAUGCGCAGGCUCUACCCCCCCGCCCUAGCAGACAGCUCUUGGGACAACACCGGCCUCCUCCUCGAAGCCGCCUUCAUCCCCUCGCGCCGCCCAUCCAACAUAGUCCUCCUUACCAUCGACCUCACAAAAGCCGUCGCGGACGAAGCUAUCGCACUCAACUCCUCUAUCAUCAUCGCGUACCAUCCGAUCAUAUUCCGGGGACUAAAGUCCCUUACGUUCGCAAACUCGCAGCAGCAGACACUGCUACGGUUGGCUAGUCAUGGCAUUAGCGUGUAUAGUCCGCAUACGGCUGUUGAUGCUGCGCCAGGAGGGCUGGGAGACUGGUUGGCAGAUAUUGUGACGGGAACGAAGACGAGCUUUGGGCAGGACGCGGAUGAGGCGGUGAAAAAGAGACGGGAAGACGAAGAUGAUCCGUUCGUCGACAAGAAGCCGGCUGUGUAUACCCUCUCGCACCAUCCCAGCCAAACCACACUGCAUCUCUCGAAACAGGACCCUCCCACAACAACCGCGGUACCCCACACCCGCCGCCCAAUCGUUCCGCAGUCGCCAGAGCUAGAAUCUCAUCCCGGCGCAGGCAUGGGCCGCAUCGUCCACUUCACACAGCCCCAACCCCUCACAGCUCUUCUCGACCGCAUAGGCCGCGGCCUCAACAACCCCAAAGGCUUCCCCAUCGCCAUUCCGCAAAACACGUCCAUCUCAGAUCUAAGUAUCUCGAGCGUUGGCAUCUGCGCCGGCAGUGGUGCCUCCCUCCUCUUAAAUCUCGACGUCGACCUACUCUUCACGGGCGAGAUGAGCCAUCACGAGGCUCUGGCGGCGAUCGAGAAGGGGCAGGUGGUGAUUAACUUGUUUCAUAGCAAUUCAGAACGCGGGUUCUUGGCCGAGGUUCUGAGAGAGCAGUUGGAGGAUGCGGUGGAGGAGGAGUGGGCGGCGGUGAGGGAGGAGAAGGCGGUGAGGGAGGAGAACAGUGGAGUCGAGGAUGAGGGCAUUAAGGAGGCGUUGGACGAGGAGGACUUUGAGGUGCUGGUCAGUGAGGUGGAUAGAGAUCCAUAUGGCAUUGUUAUUCUAAAACCUGAGAUGGAAUAUGGGGCAGGAAGUGAGGAGGAAGGAAGCGGCGUGAUACCAACGAUAGAGGGUAAAUGAGAUUUUGUCCAUGAGAGAUGCUGCCUGGAUACACGACUGUGUUAUCAACCUCACCAAAAUCCUGCUUCGAAUCACCGCUGUAAACUUCCCUCCAACUGUUGGGGCGACC